AUGGCUGAUUCUGAUACUGAAACGCAGGCCUUUGAUUCUCAAUCUCCGUCCCUUUCAUCACCGUCAUCGUUAUUAUCAAUCGAUAUCACAAGAACAAUCUUAUGUAAGUUCUCAUCUGGCUCAAAAUCAGGCAAUAGACGCAAGGACAGGAUUGCUGAUGAGCAUCAAAAUACUGUACCAUUCCAUGAUACUGUUGAGCUUGAGAGUCCCUCAGCUGAAAUCCAAAUGAAGAAUUCUGAUGCUGAGACUGAGGUAAUGGAUGUUCCAGAUUGUGUUGAAAACAGGAGAACUGAGACGGUAGAUGCCUAUGAGAAAUUAGUGGUGCCUGACAGUGACGAUGAAGAAAUGCAUAGAAUUGAAGAGACGAAUGUCAUGGAAUUAUCUUCUAGUGGUUCCAAGAGAAGAGUUGGACGGGAUGCAUUAAACAUGGAGAAGAGGAAGCUCACUCCUUCUUGUGAGAACGGUUCUGUUGCCUCUGCUGGUAAACAAUGCUAUGCAGUAUACAUAAGAAGGGGGGUUGGUUCAGUUUAUGCACAUUCAGUAUCGGUCUCUGGUUUUGCUACACACUGUGUGACUGACAAUAGUAGUAGUAACGGACCUAAUUCUAUACAAGUUCAUACUCAUUAUGAGAAACGGCCUGUUGUAAAGGACAAUGACACAUCCAGAGUGGAAGAUCAAUUAACUGUUGAUGCAAAUAUAAAAGGUGUUCAGAACCAUGACAUAUGCAAGUGCAAUGGGAAAAUUAACAGCUUCAAGGAUGAGAACAAGAAUGGAGCUAUGGUUGAUGGGGAAAUGGUAUCUUCAUGUAAUCGCGAGGCAACAGAUGGAGGAAAAGAUGCUCCACUGCUUUCUCUUGAUCAGGAGCGCGCAAGGCUAAGCUAUAUUGAAUCUCAAGAAUCUGGCGAGUCAUCACGAGUCAAUGCACUUGACUUUGUGGAUCACUAUCUUUCAUCUAACGAUGUGAACUUGUUUGAAGAAGUUGCACUUAAGAGUAGUAAGAGGGAGAAAUCACCUCCUGUUUUAAGUGCCAAGGGGCCUCAACUUUUGGCCAGAAGAGCCAAUCUUGGGGCUGUAGUUGGGAAGUCGAGAACAUUUGAAUGGGAUGACAGCUAUAUUAAUGAUAAAGAGGGAUUAUCUUUAGGGGAAAAAAAGGAAUUGAUCUUAGAUUAUGAAGGCCGUGGGUCAAGAUCUGUCACCGUGCCACCGAGUGCUGGGAAUAAUAUGGAUGUCAAAAAACAGGAGAAUGUAGAUGUUCAAUGCAAAGAAAUGGGUUCAAUUAAUUCAGAUUCAAGGUUAAUGCUGCGUGAUUCAAAAGAGAUUAGUGAGGCAGUACAAACUUCUGAAAUAGAUCCUGAAAAGGAUUUUGUCAGGGAUUUGAAUGAGCAGUUUGAUGCAGAAUCAUCGGGGCGGCAGUUGGAAAUUGGUGGCACUGAAAUGGACAUACCAGACACAUUUGAUGUUGGUUUUAAUACUCAAUUGGCUGCUGAGGCUAUGGAAGCCUUAUUAUAUGCCCCCAUCCCAAGUCCCAACUGCAAUGCUGAUUAUGCUCAUCAAAAGCCAGACAUUACACUAAAACUUUCUUCAAAUGGUGCGACGAAGAGGAAAGCGGCAAACUGUUGUUCCUUUCCUAAGAUAUGUUCCGAUUCAGGAGUCACAGCAAGAAAAUCGCGAACAAAGAGGUCUGCCAACAAAUCAAAUGGGAAUAUCUCUAGUUUGAUUCAAGAACAUGCAAAAAACUUAAAAGUGUCUGAUCCUGAGUUAACAGUAGCAAGAAAAAUGAAGAAGGGUAAGUUGUUGACUGAAAAUCACUUAAAUUGUAGAAAACCAGCCAAUGCGAGGAAAAGCUUGCGUGGAAGAUCUAAGUCAAUUCACCAAGGAAAGAAAGAAGGAGCUCUGGUGAGCGACAACAUCAAAGUGGUUGGUAAAAAUAUCAGUUCAUCAAUAUCAGUUGAAGAUAACUUGCUUGGCAAAGGAUCUUCACGAGGGAAAUUUAGAAAAUUUUCACCCAUUUUUCACCGGACUAGGGAUUGGUCAUCUGUAAAAUCAUUGGAAAGGAUAGAGCAUCCAAUAAAUAGUGCUGGAGAAAGGACAAAUAAUGUUCUCAAGGUUGGUGUGCCUAUGAAAGGAAGAAAGAGGGCCAGUUUAAAUGCUGAUGUGUUCCAAGUGUUGGGUGUCAGAAAGGAAUGUCCCAGGUUAGGUUGCAAUACAUCAGUGGGAGCGACAAAUGGUAAAGUGAGUCAGCAAAGGCGUACAGAAAUAGAUGUAGAUGUAGCUGUUACUGCCAGUCACUUGAAAUUAGAUUCAUGGAGCUAUCCCAAAGGAAAAAGGAAAAGUAGGAAUCCGCCAGAUCAGUCAAGUGGAGCAAUCAGCCUGUGUGCAGAGUCAGUUUCUGGGGAAAAAAGCAACUACCAUUCUAUUGAAAGCAGUAAAAAUUCAGAAAGGAACUCCAAAACCACUUGUUUCAGCUUAGAAACCUUAGUGGUGAAGAAGAAAGCAAGGUCAUCAGUAUAUACUCGUCAUCAGUGUUCAUUAGAAAAGAAAUGUGGGGAAAGCAUUUUAAGGCAGAAUUUUGAUGAAUCAAAUACUGCAGAUGUUAUGAAUUGUGAUUAUGCUCCCAUGAAUAAUGAAAAAAUUCCUCGGGGUCCAGAUAGAGCCAAGACCUCAUUGCAAUCUGGCGAACUAGAUGAUGUGAAUUCCAUAUCGUUCGCUGAUGGUGUUAAGAAGAACAUUUUAUUAAAUGAGAAUGAUAAUAGAUCUCUAUCAUACUGUCCUAACCCAGUUACAGAAGUGUUAGACGAGGCAUCACCCAUUUUCAAGGGCGAUGAGGAUUACAAGCAACCAUCCAAGAAAAAAUUCUCAAGAUUACCGCUUUUGAAAGAGCUUACUAGAUUAGGGAUUGAGUCACUACCUAAUUUCGCAUCAAAAGAUUUGAGAAGACGAAGGAACAUGGCAAAUGUCCGUGUCUUGUUCAGCCAGAACUUGGAUGAUGAUAUAAUUAAGCAGCAGAAAAAGAUUUUGGCACGACUAGGCAUUUCGACUGCAUCAUGUUGUUCAGAUGCUACACAUUUCAUAACUGAUAGAUUUGUGCGGACAAAAAAUAUGUUGGAAGCCAUUGCUUUUGGUAGACCAGUGGUUACGCAUUUAUGGCUUGAGAGCUGUGGACAAGCUAGUUGUUUAAUUGAUGAGAAGAACUACAUCCUGAGGGAUGCCAAAAAGGAAAAGGAGAUUGGCUUUAGUAUGCCUAUUUCACUGGCUCGUGCAAGCCACCAUCCACUCCUGAAGGGUAGAAGAGUCUUUAUUACCCCAAAUGUAAAACCUGGUAAAGAAUUGAUUGGAUGCUUGGUUAAGGCAGUUCAUGGCCAGGUAUGUAGUUCGGCCAACGUCUUUGAAUCUAGGGAUUGUGAAAUGACCCUAGAUGAUCUCUUAAUUCUUUCUUGUGAACAAGAUUAUGCUAUGUGUGUGCCGUUCCUUGAGAAAGGAGCAGCAGUUUACAGUUCAGAGCUUCUACUAAAUGGUAUAGUGAUCCAGAAACUAGAAUUUGAGAGGUGCUUAAAAACAUUUCACAUACCCAUCUGUUUUGCACGCACUGAAGCUGGUAAGAACUUGACAUCACCUCUUCACAGAUCAUGUCAAGAAGAAAUGCUCUUAACAUACACCCGAGGAAAGAUGGUUUCAGUUUCUCCCUGUAGCAAGAUGCAGAUAGUUUUCCUUUUUGUUGCCGCAUUCCCGGUGGGCUGA